AUGGACGACUCAGCCUACCCACACAUCGUCGAGACCAUCGUCCAGCAUGCCUCCCCCGAGCUCCUGCACAGUUUCCGUCUCGUCUCUAAGAGGACCAAGUCCUACGUAGACGACUUGCUUGUUCACGUCCGCGUGGCAAUGUUCGCAGUCAGCGACACUGGCGACAAGGACCGUACCGUUCAGAUAAACUCGAGCGGCGGCUGGCGCGGUGUGACGUUCCUUCGUCCUGACUUGAGUUACCUCGACGAUGACGAGGCCAUGCGCAAGGUGCGUGCGGACCGCGCCAAGAUCGAGCCUCUCCUGGCCAGGGCGACCACCGUCGACCUUUUUGGACCCCUCACCCACAACCUGCCGACCAUCAAGCACGCGGGCAGCUCGCUUGUUCCCGAGUGGGCGCUGCAUUCCAGCCGCCCACAAGUUGUACGGCUGCUCUCCGACUCGCGGGGCGGCUACGCCGACAUCCAGGCGCAGGAAUGUGAAACGGUGGUCAUGUUCGCCGGUGCCGCGGAUGCCAACGACCCCGGCUGUCCGCCGCUGAUUGCGAUCCAGCUGUCUGGAUACACGGAGCGCCUGGUCAUCAACCUGCCGCUGGUAGAGAAGGACGGCAUCCACAGCUGGUACAGCCCCGAGGGUCACGUAACGGUUCGCCCCCACCGUGGGUCCUACAUUCACGUCAGGGAGGUCGUCAUCAUCUUCCACACGGUCGGUUCGAACGAGGCGGAUGCGACAACGCAACUCCUCGCCAACUUGAGUGUUUCUGAUUCCCACCCCGGAGGGGCGGCCGGUGGCGUCGACCAACAGCACCACAGCAACAGCGAUGACGAAGACUUCGAGGACGAGGACGAGGACGGUUAUCCGACAGAAUACGGGUACAUCAACUGGGGCACGCCCGCCGACUACCCUCCCGACGUGGACGACUACGACUGCGGCAACGACCUAGGCUGGCUCUCCCUGACGGAGACGUUUGAAGAGAUUCUCACUCGGUCCCACCCAAAGGUCCUGCUCGUUGGACCUCCGGAGCGCAUGCGCAAGGGCGACGGCAUUGUCAACUUGGCCGACAACCUGGCCAUGCACCUCCGCGACGCGAUGGGAUUUGGCGCCCCGCCCCGCGUACUGCGUCGCUCUCACGCCGAGUACAAGCAGGAAGUCGGGGAGGCGCGUUAUCGACUCGUCGCCCAUGCUCCCGCCAUUGACAGCUACCGCUGGCCAGAGUCGUCCAUCCCGGCCAUCACGGACAACAAUCGCUACGUUCCUUACGCCAACCCGCUGUUUGGCAGGUUCGCGAUGGGAUAG